GAGACUGCAGAUCAUGUGAUCGAAUAAAUUAUCUACCGGAAGUUUAAUAAGCAGACAGCAAACAGGUGCCCUAAGUUGAUAAAAGUUAUAUUGUUUGAGACAACAAUGAACUAUAACAUCAUCUUUUUAUAAAAAUCAGAAAAUAGAAAAUGACCACUGCACAAGGAAUAGACAAGAUUCAUGACUCUCAUGGUUACCUGGUGCUAACUGAUGAUGGAGCUGUUUUAAGUUCAGGAGGAGACUUACAAAAUGCAGAAUCUAUAGCUGAAAAAGUUUUGAAGCUAGUUCAUACAGCAAACAGAAUUCAAGUUACUUCAGACAAGAGAGAUACUUUUAAAAGAAUUUCAGUUGUUUGGGAAAGUUAUAUGUAUGUUAUAACAGUAUCAAAUCAGAAGAUAUAUGUUAGUAAAAGACAGUAUUCACCACAGGAGCCUGCAGUGGCAUGAUUGAUUAUAUACUUUAUAUUAUCUCUAUCUCAUAACUUGUAAUACCGGUAUUAUAAUCAUUUUCUCAAUGUUAAGUAUUUACAUAAAUAAAGACAUGAUGUUUUCCACUA